AGCGGGGCAGCGAGGGCUGUCUUGCGCAGGCUCAGUCCUGCUCGCCCUCGCCACUGGAGCUCUGGUUGCGCUAGCGGACGAAGACAACCGUUGCGGUCAGGAAGAGGACGCGGGCGGCAAGAGCUAUGGUGCCCCGUCUGGCACCCGGUUGGCCUUCAUGGUUCUUCUGGUGGCGAGCGGCCCGCACUUACCGGGCCUACGGGCAGCCAACCACCCGGAACGGGGCGUCCAGGGUCCCCCUGGGCGUCAGCCCUCCGGGGCUCGCGGGCACCGGUCCCCCGGUUCGCAGAGGCAGCUCCCCCCCAUCCUCCCGGGGCUCCGAGGUGGUGCUGACCUGUGAGCGCUACCCGGUGCGGCGGCUGCCCUUCUCCGUGGUGUCUGAGGAAGACCUGGCCUCCUUUGAGCGCAUUGUUCCCGGGAGGGUCGUCACAGACCCGGAGGAGCUGGAGGCCUCCAACGUGGACUGGCUGAGAGCCAUGCGAGGCUGUAGCAAGGUGCUGCUGAAGCCUCGGACGACAGAGGAGGUGUCCCACAUCCUCAGGUACUGUCAUGGGAGGAACCUGGCUGUGAACCCUCAGGGCGGCAACACGGGCCUGGUGGGGGGCAGCGUCCCUGUCUUCGAUGAGGUCAUCCUGUCUACCGCCCUCAUGAACCAGGUCGUCAGUUUCCACAGCGUGUCUGGGGCCCUGGUGUGCCAGGCGGGGUGUGUCCUGGAGGAGCUGAGCCGGUACGUGGAGGAGCGGGGCUUUGUCGUGCCUCUGGAUCUGGGAGCAAAGGGCAGCUGCCACAUCGGGGGGAACCUGGCAACCAACGCCGGCGGCCUGCGGUUGCUGAGAUACGGCUCGCUGCGUGGGACCGUGCUGGGCCUGGAAGUGGUGCUUGCCGAUGGCACCAUCCUGAAUUGCCUCACCUCCCUGAGGAAGGACAACACAGGCUACGACCUGAAGCAGCUCUUCAUCGGGUCGGAGGGCACCCUGGGGGUCAUCACCGCUGUGUCCAUCUUGUGUCCACCCAAGCCCAGGGCCGUGAACGUGGCCUUCCUUGGUUGCCCGGGCUUUGCUGAGGUUCUGCAGACUUUCAGCACUUGCAAGGGGAUGCUGGGGGAGAUCCUGUCAGCAUUCGAGUUCAUGGAUGCCGAGUGCAUGCGGCUGGUCCGGCACCACCUCCUCCUCACCUGCCCAGUGCAAGAAAGUCCGUUCUACGUGCUGGUCGAGACCUCGGGCUCCAGAACGGAGCACGAUGCUGAGAAGCUGAGCAGCUUCCUGGAACAGGCCUUGGGCUCUGGCCUGGUGACCGACGGGACCCUGGCCACCGACCAGAGGAAAGUCAAGACGCUGUGGGCCCUGAGGGAGAGGAUCACCGAGGCGCUGAGCCGGGACGGCUACGUGUACAAGUACGACGUCUCCCUGCCCCUGGACAGGCUCUACGACCUCGUGACGGAUCUGCGUGCCCGCCUCGGCCCGCCGGCCAAGCACGUGGUGGGCUAUGGCCACCUGGGGGAUGGCAACCUACACCUCAACGUGACGGCAGAGGCCUUUAGUGCUCCACUGCUGGGUGACCUCGAGCCCUACGUGUACGAGUGGACGGCAGGCCAGCGGGGCAGUGUCAGCGCCGAGCACGGUGUCGGCUUCAAGAAGCGGAGUGCCCUUGGCUACAGCAAGCCGCCUGAGGCCCUGCAGCUGAUGCAGCAGCUCAAGGCCCUCCUGGACCCCAAGGGCAUCCUGAACCCCUACAAGACAUUGCCUGCCCAGGCCUGAUGGGGCGUCCGGGUCAGCGGGAGUGCUCUAGUCUUGGUUUUGCCCAUUGAGAUAGGCCUGCAGGGCUGGCCUGGGCUCUGGCCUCUGUCCCAUGGAGCCACCUGGUUGGAGGGGCCUCCAGGUGGGCGCUUCCCAUCCCUUCGCAGGUGGCACCCGCCUUGCUGGUGGUCCCCUGGGUCCCACCUGUGGGCCGCAGCUCUGGGAGGGGCCUGGUGUUUCUGCCCCGCACCGAGCCCCGGGCAGUGCGAGCCCCACAGCCCAGGCCGCGGCAGUGAACCCCUGUGAACAGCCCAGAGCACCGGCCCCGCCUGGGGCUGCAACCGACAGGGCCUGGCUCCCCAGGCGCUUUCCGGUGACAUGGGACGGGUGGCUGCUGGGACCUGGAGCGACCAUUUCCCCAACCGUGGUCAGAGCCCAGGCGUUUGUUUCUCAGAGUCUGCAGUUUGUGUGAAGAGUCCAUGCAGGUCAGCCCUGCGCCCCCGUGAAGCCCCCACUGCACACAGUGCCUGUGUUCCUGCUGCUUCAGUGACCCCCACGUGGUCCACCCUUGUUGACCUGUGGCCCCGGGGCAGGGCCGGCACUGCAGAGACCAUCUGGGAGGCGGGACACGUUUUCUCUUUCUGGCUGCCCUGAACUUCCUAUAGAAACAGAAUUGGUCUGUUGCUAGAAAAACCUUGUAAAAGCCUACAGUGACGUGCCCGUGUGCCAUGGUCCCUGAGCACCGGAGCAUCGGGGGCUGCCUCUGGCGGUGGCCGUCCCCCCAGACCCUGUCCUGCGCUCCCCAUGUGACUCAGAGCCCUGUCUCAUGUGGCUUUUCCACAGUCGUCAGAAGCAGUCAGCCCAUGUUCAUAAUGACUUUCAGUGACUGUUGUAUGACUAAGCAAGUCUGUUUUGGAGAAUUAAAAUAAUGCCUGAGGUGUUAAAA